CCGUUUCCCUCUUUCGUCCCCACUUAAAUUACCCAAACAAUUAAAAAAAAUACGUAUCUCUUCGUUUCGUUUGAUUUUUCAUUUCCAAAUCACUCAAUCCAAAACAUAGUGUCAAUCAAUGGAGUCUUCGUCUUCGUCUUCGUCUUCGUCUUCACGAAGAUCGCUGCUACAUACGCAUACAUCUACAACCAGUCCUCAAAGAUUUCUAUCGAAGCGAAUCGAACCAGCAAUUCGAGGCAAAUCGUGUCCGAUAUGCUUGAAUCACAUCGACCAUCGCAGAGCAGCGGUGAUCACAGCCUGCCUCCAUGCCUAUUGCGUCGAUUGCAUUCGCAGAUGGAGCGAUUUGAAGCGAAACUGUCCUCUCUGCAACGCAGUCUUCGAUGCUUGGUUCUCCCAAAUCAACCUCUCCUCUCGAACCUUCCUCAAACACAAAUUACCAGAAAUCAGUGAGGAUAUUAGGAAGCUCAAUGUCGAAGUUUUGCGUAGCAGGCGAAGAGUUCUUGUUGCGGCGCGAAGGUUUUUGAGAGAGCUAAUGGAUUCAAAACCACAACUUAAUGUCAACUUUGUUACGAUUCAGAGUUGUCUUGAGCGGAACACAGCAGGAAACAAUGGUGUCAAAGAUAGGAUACUAAAAAGAAUAGAGCCAUGGAUUCAUAGGGAACUGAAAGCUAUACUUGGGGAUCCAGAUCCAUCUGUUAUUGUGCAUGUGGCAUCCUCACUCUUUAUCUCAGGCCUUGAAGAGAAGCACGAGGCCCCUUCCAAACAAUUUGUUCUCGAGGAUAACUUUAUUGAACCUUUGCGACCUUUUCUGCAUGAAAGGACGAAUAUGUUUUGGCAUGAACUCCGGUGUUUUGCAGAAAGUCCAUUCAACAUUGAGACAUACGACACUGUAGUUGAAUAUAAAAAAUUGUCAGAAUAAGUUCAGAAGAGAAAUUUCAAAGGCUUUGUUGGCAACUUGGGGGGUCAUGUUCUUCAAAAAGAUCUAUGGCUCCAAAGGAUCGUGCAAGCUGUCAUUGGAAUUGUAUCUUCAUCUGCCUGUUUGGAGAGAUAGUCAAUGGUUUUAAUGGUCUUAAUCCAGCGCAUGUCUGCCUGACUUGAAAACAAUACACGCAAUUUGCACAAACCAAGAAGAAUGAGCCAAAGCGGGUGGAGUUGCAUCAUGUUCAUCUGGAUUAUCCUCAGAAUAAGUGAAGAAGACAAGCGAGUAGUUUCCUCAUUCAAGAUUAUCCUUGUUCAUCUGGGUGUUUAUUCAAAUAAUAGUACACCCUAAUUAGAGAUUCUUGUUAUCAGUUUCAUCCAGUCGCAUUUUUAUCCAGCUUAUAUGGUUUGUGAUGUCUAUACUGGCUAAUGGAUAUUGUGACUGUUAAAUUUCCUUAAGUUCUAUUUAACUGGCUAUUUUUUCUGCCAAAAAAUUGAGUUCUCUCAAUACUUAUGGAAAAUGAUAUAUUAUACA